CCCUCGUCCUGACCACCAUCUUUGGCUUGAGUAUGCACAAUACGUCCGCUCUUGUAUUCACCCCGCGGUCACUCACACGUAUCCUUACAGACCGAUCGCUCGUCAAUCUGCCAAUUCUCGGAGUUCCGGCAUCACUAGCAUUCGGCUUCGGCGCUGUAUACAUGAUUUGCGCAGUCGGCGUAUACGUCUAGUUUUCGUGUUAUAUCCAUUCGGCGUUGGGAAGGGACCUCUUAUGUGUACAAUUUAUGGAAUACCAAUAAAAAGUUCAAGACGCUCGAAUCUGCAUGCGUCAUACACUAUUACACCAUCGUUUCGACCAUAGCUUUACCACCCCCCAUAACUAUUCCCUCAGGUACAAUCACACUACAGUAGAAUGGAUGACCAAGACCAGCCCGUUCUCACGGCCGUGUCGAGUUCAGCGCGUCAGCUGUACCAGCUACUGCGAUGCAUCACCUUUUCCAACAAAGCGCACGUCCAGAUUAGCGACAUAGGCCUCAAACUUGCCGUCGAUGAAGCAAGCGUCAUGGAAGCGUCCGCCUUCCUUGACAAGUCCCUCUUCACAACCUACACCUUCAACGAUUCUGAUGAUGCGUCCGAACCGACACCCGUCUUCCAAAUAUCGCUGCCUGCCCUUCUCGAGACACUCCAAAUAUUCGGCCUCACUGACCCCGCCAAUUCCAAACCACCAUGGGCCCGCGACGCGCCUUACCCCACCAGCACUGCCUUUACGGGCAACAACAUAAUGAAUGGCAUGAACAACAUGUGUCGCAUUAGUUAUCAAGGCAAAGGUUCUCCGCUAGCAGUCACAUUGACGGAACUGAGUAUACGUACCCAAUGCGAUUUGACAACCUACAAGCCUGAACACGCCGACGAAAUCCCCUUUGAUCGCGAUGCCCUUGUGCUCAAGGUCAUCAUGCGAGGCAGCUGGCUUUACGACGCGAUCCAAGAACUAUCCUCUACGAGCCCAGAAAAGUUGACCAUGUACGCCAAAACUGUACGUGGAAAGCCCUUCUUCGCCCUCUCAUCAUCAGGUACACUGGGCUCUGCGCGCGUCGAGUUUAACAACCAACCUCAACCCUCUGCAUAUCGCACUCCAGCAUCCACAAACCUCAACGCGAGUAGUGAUACAGCCGCAGCUCCUCCAACAAAUCUUCUUGAGAGGUUCCAGCUCAGCGAUCCCGACACAGUCUUUCGCUCAAGCUACAAGUUCAGCUUGAUACAAAAGGCCGCCCGUGCAAUGAGCGUAGCCAGCAAAGUCAGCAUACGUGCAGAUACACAGGGUGUGCUGAGUCUGCAAUUCAUGAUCGAAGUCGAGAGCCCCGCUCCUGGUCCGGGUGCCGGUGGUGCAGGAUCACUUGCAGCUGGCAAAAACGGCUUUGUAGAUUUUCGCUUUGUGCCUCUUGUCGAUGAAGACGACGACGAGGUGGAGGCGGGACACAUUGACGACACGAUAAUGCAGAACGCAUCUGCGGGUGAUGAAACAAGUGACGACGAUACGCUUUAAUGGACAUGGGGAAUGCAUCACCAAAUAUAACAAGAAUCUAGUCUUGAGUACAUGCUCAUUUUGGAUUUCUCUAUAGUUGCUAGUCUCUCUGUGUCGGAUUCAGUAGCUACAUGUUGUACCCAUAGCAAACUGGAUAGAGCAAGCCCCCGAGAAAAAAGACCCCAGUGCACGACUUUGACCUCAUGUCUCAACCCCCCUCAUCCGAAACCAGUUGUAGAGUUGAUGAAUCAAUUACUGGACUGCAAUAUCGUCCCAAGACCCUCUCCUUGCUCUUCAUCCAUCUCCCAUUUAGCACACUAGAACUCAAGCAAUGAAACCAGAACUAGAAAAUGGAUGUCCACCCAUGGGACAUUCAUACCGAAAAAAAUGAAAUGAAAAGAGAGCCAACGACGCCUGUGCUGUGAGAUUGCGGGGAGCCAGCCAGAUGGAACUUGCUCUUCAUCUUCUUCUAUUC